AGAAAAAAAUGAUUUAAGAUGGCAAUUUUUUCUAAAAAGAAACUGUUCACGUUUCGAAGGUACGGAGAAGAUGAGAGUGGUGUGUCCUGGAACUGGCAAUCUCCUAAACCAUACUCCGGGUAUACUCCUACACCUAGACCAUACUUUCCUCCAUCCUACUCACCCUCUGCUCCUGAGCUAGAAACUAGUCUUACCAAUCCAGAUCUACCCUCUCCUCAUCCAUCCCCUCAUCCUUCUCCAGGCCUACCACGAGGCAAGGAAGGCUGGGAACGACGAGGAAGUGACGGCAGUUGCAUCACUCGAACCACCAGAUAUUCUCCGAGCUCCGGGUUUAUUACCGAGGUUAGCACAACCAACUCUCCUCCUUCCUCUCCAUCCAGUUCCUCGCCACCUCGAACCAGAUCCUCUAAAUAUUAUCAUAAUCCUGCACAAUCUAGACUAGAAAAUUCUAGAUCUAACUCCUCUCCCUCCUCCUCUUCCUCCUCCUCUUGUGACUGUAUCCAAGUGAUUAGCUCCUCCCCUGUAGAUAAACUUGAGGAGAAAAAUAACUUCAACUACAGCUAUACAACACUGCCAAGGAUGGGAGGAAUGAAAACUAUUGAUAUGAACAGAAACGAAAUUGGAGGUUUGGUAUCUCUAGACCCUAGUUUUGUUCGACAGAUUGCUGUGGUUAGUAGGACGGGAAGCCUUCUCUCCCUCUCAUCCUCCCAUUCGAAUUUAAUCAGGGCUGAGGCUGUAAACAAUGUGUUCAAUGAUUUCAAGAAAGAGAAAAACCAUUUUCAAACUUCGUCCGAAUAUAGUUCCAACCAGAUCAACAAUAAGAGGGACCGUGAGCCAAGGUUACCGGGCACCUGGAGCUCCCCGGUCAUCUCCAAGCACAACCAGUUCGUCUCUAAUAUCCAGUUUGGGAGCUGGAGCCUGGAAAGGAAGGGUGAGGAGCAGCAGAGCUCCCAACUUGACUCCUUGGUUUCAAACUCACUGCUGGAUUUCACCAAACCAAACCUUGCUCUUCGUAACGAAGGACUUAUAGGAACUGCUCCUAACCUCUCUGCCACUGUUCUGGACACCUCGGAGGAUUUAAACAAUCUUUACAGGACAAUCUCAAGGAAGAGAAUUCUAAACAAGGUUCAAUGUUCUAACUUCCAUCUCCAUGACGAUGAUGAAGAAUGUUCCCAUCAUCAUUCCCAGCAGUUCCAUGAUGCUGUUCUUGAUCCUAGAGUUCAUGGACUAGGUGGGAUGGGUCCUGAUGGGCUAGCCCGGCCCCUGGCUCGCCUUAUUGCCAAGAUGCAUUCUACUAGUUCCUAUGAAAAUACAUAUGCUAGUUUAAACUCUGAGACCCUGUACACUAGUUUAACUCGAAACGAUGAUGAGAAUAACAACAUGGCGUCCGAUAAAAACAAUAUGGCCGCCAGCAGGGAAAACGUGAACGAUAUCAAAACGGCAAAACAGGGGAAACAUGAGAAACAAAAUGGAGGUAAAAAUGGCGCCGGUUGUUGCCCCGUUCUUCUCUCAAGCUUAGCAGCUAGCCAGGCUGAAACAAAGUGCCACGCCAUGGCCGGUUGUCCUGACUGUUUAGAGUACAGCACUGCCCUCCACCAAUCCCUGCCACGCCUUCUAGGUCCAGCAGAGCAAGAUGCUCAGUGCAAACUACACGGAUAUUCUGAUCCUGAGCUGGGGCUGUACCCCCCUGGAGUAUACGGUUGGCCUAGAGGAGGCCAGGUGGUAAUCAAGGCCCCACUCACCAGGAGGAAGGAGGGAAGGAUCGUCUGCUACCUCGCCGGGGUCAUCCUCGCCAUCCUCGCUCUUGUCGCAGUCAUCGUUGUCCUCACCCUUAUGGUGGCAAACAAAGAGAUGGAAAAAGUUGAAAGCUUCUAGAUUCCAGAAGCUUCUAUGAGGCCACAAAUGACACUUCCCCCCCCCCUGACAUUUUUAUAAUUUUA